AUGCACAGCUCAAAAGAGGGCUUGGGGUUACCUCUGUGGGAUCAGGAUCCUCCUAAGAGAGUCUCAGUGUACAUCAGUCCCUCAGGUGAUAUAGUGGAGGGUAGUUUAGUGACUCUGACCUGCUACAGUGAUGCAAACCCACCAGUGGAAACCUACACCUGGUAUAAAGAAAAAUCUGUUAUAAGAACUGGAAAAACCUACACCAUCUACAUGACCAGCUCUGAGCACAGUGGGAACUAUGUGUGCGAGGCUAAAAAUAAACAUGGACAUCGGUUCUCUACGGCCGUGUCUCUGAAUGUCCUGUCUCUUCCUAAGAGAGUCUCAGUGUCCAUCAGUCCCUCUGGUGAGAUCGUGGAGGGCAAUUCAGUGACUCUGACCUGCAGCAGUGAUGCAAACCCACCUGUGGAGACCUACACCUGGUUUAAGGGAACAAACUCUGUGGGAACAGGAAAAACCCACACCAUCAACAGGAUCCACUAUGAAGAUGGUGGAAAUUACAUGUGUGAGGCUAAUAAUAAACAUGGACGUCAGUUCUCUACGGCCAUGUCUCUGAAUGUCCUGUAUGGUCCAAAAAGUGCCUUGGUGUCCAUCAGUCCCUCAGGUAAGAUCGUGGAGGGGAGAUCAGUGACUCUGACCUGUCACAGUGAUGCAAAUCCACCUGUGGAGACCUACACCUGGUAUAAAGAAAAAUCUGUUAUAAGAACUGGAAAAACCUACACCAUCUACAUGAUCAGCUCUGAGGAGGGUGGAAAUUACAUGUGUGAGGCUAAAAACAAACAUGGACAUCAGAUCUCUACCGCUGUCUCUCUGAAUGUCCUGUAUCCUCCAAAAAGUGUCUUGGUGUCCAUCAGUCCCUCAGUUGGCAUCGUUGAGGGCAGUUUAGUGACUCUAACAUGCAGCAGUGAUGCAAACCCACCUGUGGAGACCUACACCUGGUUUAAGGUGAAUGAAAGCUCACCUGUAGGAUCUGGACAUAGUUACAGCUUCACGCUGAGCUCCAGCAGCAGUGGAUGGUUUUAUUGCACGGCUCAGAAUAAAUAUGGGAAUCAGACAGCAGCUGCAGUGGUUGUUGCUUCAGGGGGUAAGUUGUGA